AAAAAAAUUGAUGGCAUUUUCGUAAAUUAUAUGAACUUGUGGGGUGAUUAAGGCAAAACCAAUUUUCAAAAAAAAGAGAGGUUAGUUUUGUGUUUGACUUUAAGUUGUAGGUCAAUUUUGCAAAAAUCUAUGGCAUUCUGAUAAACCAAUGAUAUAUUUGUUCAAUAUCUUGUUGAAUUUUCUUUUAUUGUUUUCAUUAAUUUUAAUCAUUUCCGCAAUAUGUAGAAUAUAUCAUUUACUCUCUUUUUGUAAUAUGUAUAAUCUCUAAGAAAAAAACAAAUAGCAAUUUAUACUUUUUCGAAAAUCUCCAAACAAGUUUUCAAAAGAAAAUUACAUUUUCAAAGUUACUAGUUAGAAAAAAUUACAUGUUUUUUUGUCAUCGACACAUAAUACUAAACAAUUACUUUAUGAUGGAGUUAAGUUAGUUUCAAACUCACAACUGUUAAUUAAGGUUAGCAUGCACAAUCGUUAAACAACUUAUAGUUUAAUAGAAAAUAAGUCAAUUCCUUAGUUUUAAAAGAUUUAAUGAUGAAUUAACCUCUUGUCAUGGUUUUAGAUAUUGAACACAAGACCUUGACUAAGUCUACCACACAUCCAUAACAUGAUCAAAGUCAAAUGAUGAAAAUCAAUACUAAAUAUAUGUUUCCUAAACCUUCUCUACUUAUCAUUUUUUAAGAUAUUGCAACUAAUUAUUUUUAGAACAUUAGUAUGCAAUAUGGUGAUAAACAUAUAAAUUACCCCCAUUGACCAUAACCACCACAUUAAAUUUGCUUAGUAGAUAUCACAUAAAAUUGCCGAACUACGGAAAAAAAAAUUUAUUCAAGUUCAAUUCUUUUCAGAUGAUAUGGUUUAAAUUUGAUUAAUUAUUCUUACCAUUGUUUUUAUUGUCAUAUGUUUCUAAACUGACAUGCAUUCUACUAUUGUUUUGAGCUAACAAACUCAUGUUGCAGAUAUCUUUUCUUGUAUUUCCGCUUUUGAGUUUGUGUGUUUCGCAUGGAUCCCUCGUGAGAGGAACAUGUUUGCGGAUGCUUUAGCCAAAGAUGCAUUGACUGCAUCAGGACAAUUUGUGGUUGAUGGUGCUGUUAUUGCCCUCAACUAACUCCUCUUUAUUUUAAUAUAAUCGGUGUUUCAAAAAAAAAAGUAAUAUAUGAAGAUUCUAAGAAACCAUAUGAGAUCUACAGAUCCAAAAAAUGACUGAAAGAAUAAGAGUAGAAGUAAUGCAACAAAAGUUUGAUGGGCCAAAGAGUAUGUAAUGAUAAUUUCGUCUCAAAUAUCACUAGAUCAUGUGAAGAAUCAAGUUUUCUUGUCAUUUUAGACAUCGAUCGAAACCUGUCCUCCAACUCUCGAUUCAAUCACUUUUAUGAAUCGGUUUCUAAAUUUUUGGUAAGUGAGUUUGCUUAUGCUAUAACCAAAUUCUAUUUUGUUUAAACAAAACACAAUCAACCAAAAGUGUGUGGAAUUGAUAACAAAACCGGUUCCAAUUUUAUUUAAAAUGAGGCCCAAUAACGGCCCAAUACCAGAAACAGCAGUAUAUUUCAUGUCCAAGAUACUCGCGCGCCCAUUCCAUACGCUCCUUCCGCGACCGAACCCAAACGAUCUCGUCUCUCUUCCCUCGAAAACUCUGAAUACCCGAACCGAUUCCCUCACCAGCGAUCUCAGCUCCUCGCUUGAUAUCCCAUGGCAGCUCACAUGAAAUGCCCCGAACUCCCUCGGCCAUUGCACCAACGGAUCCACCGACCCUUCUCUCCUCGACGCCAAUAGCCUCAAAUCAAUAUCCGCUGGGAUUAUAUGACGUGAACCGCAAGGUUCACCUCAGGAAUGAGACUCAGGGAGCGUGAGGUCUGCAACCUUGAUGGAUCGCUUAAUGAUCACGGCCGGCGAGGAUCUUGUUUGCUGUGGAAAAGAUCAUUUGGCUCUACGGAUGGGAGACGGAGGAGGAGGUGGUGGAGUCAAUUAAGAGUCGUUCAAUGGCUCCUGAUUCGCAUCAGAGCCAUUGAAUGAUCAUAUAUUCAUAUGGUUCUCUAACUUCUUUUCCGCUGCGAAGAUUUGAAUGUCAGAUUGGAAAAAAGCUUUGAGAAGUUGAAGAUGUUGCCAGCUUGGAUUUGGGCUAACGUGUGGGCCGCGUUUGAUUUUGACCCCGUCUACUUGUUCUGCUUCGAAGUUGCCAAAUGAUCUCAAGGACGAGACAAACCUGAGCUUUACUUCAAAUGGGUUAGCUUUAGUGAAACCUGGUGUAAGAACCUUUGAAUAAAUUUGAAAGUAUAAAACCUAAACCAUAUAAAUAGCUAUAUUCGACUAAAAAUAAGCCUCGAAAGCAAACUAUAGUUUUUUUACGGAUAGCAUUUAUUAACUAUUUGGUUUCUUAAAAAAAUAUUUGUUUUGAAAAAGAAAAAGAAAAUCUUUGACAUCUACAUUACUGAAUUCAAAUAUUGAACAAAAUUUAGUCUAUCAAUGAAAGAACAAAAUCUCCUAUUAAUCAAUUUUUCUUAAAAUGUUUUUAGGUUGUUGAGUGUAUCAGUGUAUGGUAAGAAAUAAAUAAUACAAAAGUAAUAUUGAAAAUGUAAAAACAUGUGAUUGGAUCAAAUAUUUUAAUAUUCACUUUCAUAUCUUCACUUUUAGUUGUAUUAAAGAUAAUUAAGCCCCAUAAACUACGAUUUUCCAACAAAAAAGAAUCAUAUAUAUGGAAAGAACAAUAUAACAUGUAUCCCGACGUUGCCAUGAAUGAUCAAACAUAACAGAAACAAACACUAUAAAGUUAGUUGAUAACAACCCCAACCUAAUCGAAGGGUCGUUAUUUCAAAUAGAUAUGUAUUACAAGGGUAUAUCAUUAUAGCUAUUGGAUGUCUCUGAGUUCCAUCUUGUUUUCCUGGAGUGAUUAAAAUAUAAAAGUCUGUACCAACCAAGUUUCGUUUUAAAAGUUUAAGAUAAGUGGACCAACUAAGUUAACAAGUGUAAAUUCUACAUUUUUUACUUUGCAAAGAAAAGUUGAUCACAAGUGUGGUGAGUGUGCAUUAUUGAAGUUGAAGGGCAUGCAUGUGAUUAUACACUAAUUGGUUAGUCAUAGCAUCUUCCGUACGUUAGUAAGCUUCGCUAAUGGUCCCCAUUUGAUUUUAUAAUUUGUCCCAUGAGAUUUUGGGCAAUAUAUAAGAUGACAAGUUACACUAUCAACACGAAUAGGACGCAGAGCUAUAGGAACUAGGAAGGAUAUUCUUGUAUUAAACUUAAUACAUUGAAAACAGUUGUUUAUUACAAACGAUAUAAUUGUAUAUAGGUUUGGCAAUAGGGAGACAUGGAACAAGUUUUGGUGACAUCGAAGCUGUCGCUAUCAAAGAAGAUGUAAUGAAAGUAUCAAAUAGCUUACUAACUCAUAUGUAUGGGUCUGAGUAGACAAUCCCACACCGCCGCUAAUGAUUUUGUUAUUUCAAAAUUCUUCACUUUAUCGAAGAUAUUAACUUUUAUGUUAGAGAAUUGCAGCUAAAAUGCCUUUAAGAUGACACCAUCAUUGAUUUUGUAUCUUUUACAUUAUCAAAGAAAUUUAUAUUUAUAAAAUGUAAAUUGCAACUAGACGCCCUUAAUCCCUUUCUACGAUGUAAUUAUAAUUAUGAUGUUUAUCCUUAUGUAAAUAUUGUGGAAAAGUGAUCCAAAUGAUUUUUUCUGUAAAUUUAAUUCUUGUAUAUGUAAAUUGAUAUUUUUUUGGUUAAGAAAAAUAAGAAUAACUAUAUAAAUAUAUUCCAAUAAAUAAAAGUGAAAUUAUUUUGUGACAGAGACCAAAACACGAAAGUGUAGGUAUAAGAAUACGCAAUGUAAAAGUUUAUUCUAUAAGAACCCAUAUAUCAUAUACGUAAAAACUAACGUAUGUACAUCUAAUGAUAAGUAAGAUAUAUGAUGAUGGUGUCUAUGGAUGGUGGAGAAUCUAUACAUCUAAUAUUCUGACAACCAACUCUCGUGAUCUAGCCAAACUAUCUAACAAAAUCAUAUUGCUCUAACUCUUGUUCUUGUUGGUUACAUAAAGCAAUAAUUAGGCGAAAAGGGUUCAAAACCCUGUUGAGAAUAAGUUUCACGGUUUUACCAAGAGACAAACCCAUCAAAUGAUUUUCGAAUUUUGAAACCAAGAUAUAUCCAAUACGAUCAAUCUAACCCUGUUGAGGAACUCAGAACGUCAACAAGUACAUCAGCUGCAAGUACCAUGUGUCAAUCACACUUCUCAUUUUCCUAUGCACCGAACCAGAAAAAAUCUUCUUCACUAUCUAUAUGUUGGGAGAACGUGAAACACAAACUGCAAACAUGUGUAUCGAUGAUAUACAAUUAUUAGUCUUAGAUUUUUGUGAAACUAGUUCUUGACUGGAGUUUUAUACAUUCAUUAUUAUACGAAGUUUAAACUAGGUGUAGCAAUAGAUAAUAAUAAUUAAACCCAAGCAUGGUUUAUCUAAAGAUGAUAUACAUAGAGAGUUCCCAAAGCUUUUUACUUCUCCACUUUCAUCAUCGGUGGCAUUCUCAUCUGAUAGGCCCUUGAGCAUUUUAAUCACACACACACACACAUAUAUAUAUAUAUAUAUAACUGCUUCUUUUUGAGAAAUAUAGGUGAUCAUAACUGCUUUGUUGUCUCUCUUCAUUGCCAGAAUUGAACAUCUAGCUAUACAUUUAGCGUUAUCAAGUAAAUCAUAUUGUCUAGCGUCUAACAAAAUUUGGUUUAAAAUGUAUUAACUACAAGUCUUAAUGAAACGAAGGAAGUAAACUAUUGUCAAAAGUUAUAUAGGAAAGAAACAUUCAAACACUAAUCUAAAAGAGACGAAUAUAAUUAAAGGCAAGAGUUGGCAAAUAUUUUAUCCACCAAAGUGAAGUCAUAUUAUAUUUGAUUUUUUACUAUAAGUGUAAGCCUUUCUUAUUUUUUUUGUCAAGCUUGCUAUAAGUAGAAAAUAAAGUAUAAAGGAAACACUUUAGUUAAUUCGUUCAGUGACUUCUGUCUAAGAUAACUGUGUGGAAGUGUAUAUAUAUAUAUUAAGAAGAUAACACUUAACUCAUGUCUAUACAUACAUACGAAGAAACAGGUUCCGGGAAGAAAAAAAUAGUCCUACACAUACAUACAUAUUUUUUAAUGGAAAAGGCGAGUAAAAUUGUAAAGUAAUUGAGAAUAAUUAUGGUGGACUAAUGGAAGUGAACAUAAAUACGAGGGGAAGGAACAUAAACAUUCUCCUUCUCUCUCACACUCCCAGACACACACUCGUUCCAGUUUUCGUAGUUACUAACAUAUCUUUUUGUUAAGUGAAGUGUGAUAAAUAUAAUAUACAAACAUCAAUAUAAAUGAGCAUGUGCAGAUCGAACAUGAAAAGCAGUGAGUCUGGAGAGAUUGUAAACGGAGAAUGCGAUGUUUCAACGUCCGUAAAAGAAGAAACUAGUGGCAACGCCAAAUUCUCCGCUGGUCUCCGUCGCAUCCCUUUCAACGAGGCUUGUUUCUAUCUCCUUCUUGUUUACAUUUUCGUCCACAAAGUAUUUUUUGAUUAGGUUGGACAAUGCUUACUGUUUUUUUUACUAAGACAAUGCUUACUGUUUGAUUCAUACUUCUCGUGUGUUUUCAUUGGUGAAAACUAGUUUUCGUGAUUCAAGAUCUUAUUCACAUAAUAUAGAUACGUUAUCUACGUUUUUUAUACUCUACAUUUUCGGUCACUUUUUCAGGUUUUGGGGUGUAAAUUAUAUGGAAUUCUUGGAACUUGAUCUUAGACUGGACUGAAUGCCUGCUUUUGACUGUUUUAAUAGCAAUUUAAUGGAAAGUAAUGUAUCUCUUUUAGAAUCAAUUUGAAGAAAACUUCAAUAUUUUCACUUAGUUAACAAGUAUAUUGUCAUCCAUUAUAUGUAACUGUUGUCUAUGUAUAUAUGAUGUAUGAAUGUGUGUGUGUUGAUAUUUAUAUAUAUGAAUAAAGCGUCACUAGUAUGAUAUGCAUCCUCAGUUUCAUGGACUGAGAUAGAUGCUUUGUUUUGGGGUUGUACUUACUUAGAAAAGUUUUCUAUAUAUGUUUCCUCAUUAUAUAUAUUUUUAUUAGCUCAUUUAGUUAGUACAAAGUACUUUAUUAUCUUAUUAGUUCUGUUUUAAAUAUAAUCUACUUACUUUUCAUUUACUUUCUUGAAAACUCUUAACUUAUUUUCUUUUUGAUAUCUCAAUUAUAGUUCAUUAUAUUUUUUAUGAUAUAUGAAUUCCUUCUUAGACGAUUUUAUGAUAUCACAAUUAAAGUUUUCUAUAUAUGUUUCCUCAUUAUAUAUAUUUUUCUUAGCUCAUUUAGUUAGUACAAAGUACUUUAUUAUCUUAUUAGUUCCAUUUUAAAUAUAAUCUACUUACUUUUCAUUUACUUUUCUUGAAAACUCUUUAGUCAUUUUCUUUUUGAUAUCUCAAUUAUAGUUCAUUAUAUUUUUUAUGAUAUAUGAAUUCCUUCUUAGACGAUUUUGUGUUUGUAAAGUAUUGAUAUUUCUAGUGAAAAUCAUAAAAUGAAAGAUAUCUAAGCUGAUUUGUUUUCAAAAAGAAAAUAAAAGGUGCGUUUUUUAGAACCCAUGAUGACUUUUAUUAAAAAAGAUCCUAGAAUGUUGGUACAGUUAGUCAUUCGCUUUUCUGUCACUAGUGAAUUUGAUUAUUCAGUUCUAAAAGUUAUAGAAUUUAAACCUUUUUUCUCUUCUUUUUGAACUUUCUCCUUCCAGUCCCAGUGGCCAUGUGAUGCGACCAUCUUCCUCGUGCUUCCAAAUUACUCUUAAUUUUUAAUGAUAAAUAUUAUUUUCGUAGUAUAUGUAAUAUCGUUCUGUUGAUCACAAUAACAAUUUACUUUAAGCCUACUUUUUUUUAAUACAAAGAGCGUUUUGUACUUGAAAUGUAAAAAAAUAGUCAAAUACUAUAUUAUACAAUUUGUAAAUUGGAAAUUUAUUUUUUUUUUCUCAACACUUGUUUAGUUUUGUUUAUAGAACGAGUACUAAUGAGUGGGUAUAUACAGUACCAGUCCUGAGGGGAAGCCAUAGAAUUAUAGAAGUAUGUGUUUCCAGCCUUGUUUACGAUAAAUAAAUAUCCACGUCCGCAAAUUUAACAGAAUCUCUUGUAGCUCAGUUGGAUAAUAACAUGCAAAUAUCAUGAGAGGUGAAAGUCAUUUUUCAAUAUUUUUGUUACCAUUUAUUAUUUUGGGCUUCCGACCCCCGAGUCAGUGGCGGAUGUAGCCAAUUUUUUUGUUGGGGGGCAAGUUACAAGUAAACAUAGAAAUUAGAGGUAGAAUAUAAAUAUGAGUGAUGUAUCAUAUCUAAUGAUGCACAAAGAUAGACAUUAAACAUAAAGGAAAAAUAACUAGUUUUUUUUGUUUUGUUAAUGUCAAUAUAAUUAUCUCUCGCGUCUCAAUUAGUAUAUAAUUAUAGUACAAUGAAACCUCUAUACAUUAAUAAAUUAAUGAUGCUGAGACUAUACUAAAACUAUAAUUUUUUAUUAAUUUAUAAAUAUAUUAAUUUAUCGAUAUAUUAAUUAAAUCAAAAACUCAAUUUAGAACUAUAAAAUUAUAUUAUUUUAUACAGAUUUUUAGUAUAUAUUAAUUUAUAAAAUAUUAAUUUAAAAAGGUUAUACACAUAACAUUUUCUUGAAUGCGUUUUGGUACAAGUCUAGAACAGUAAAAUAAUAAAUAGUUGUUCAAUAAUUGAAAAAACUAACGAAAAUGUCACAACUUUUUUUCCAUGCAGGUGGGAGAGGAAAUGGCAUCGCUAACAAAAAUAGCAUGCCCGAUCGUGAUGACAUCACUCCUCAUUUUCUCCAGAUCAUUAAUCUCAAUGUGGUUUCUAAGUCACCUCGGGAAAGUUGAACUCGCUGGCGGUGCACUCGCCAUGGGCUUCGGAAACAUCACUGGAGUCUCGGUACUCAAAGGUCUUUCCGUUGGUAUGGACCCAAUCUGUGGCCAAGCCUUUGGAGCCAAACGUUGGACCGUACUUAGCCACACGUUUCAGAAAAUGUUCUGCCUCUUAACUGCCGUUUCUAUACCAAUAGCCGUUGCAUGGCUCAACAUCGAACCCAUAUUCCUCAGGUUGGGUCAGGACCCCGACAUAACCCGUGUCGCAAAGAGUUACAUGGUCUUCUUCGUCCCUGAGUUACUAGCUCAGGCCAUGCUCCACCCGCUCCGAACGUUCCUCAGAACGCAAGGCUUAACGUCACCGUUGACCAUAUCAGCGAUCAUAUCCAUUCUUCUACAUCCUCUAUUUAACUACGUCUUCGUCGUGCGUAUGCGUUUAGGUGUUGAAGGUGUCGCGGUCGCGAUGGCCUUCAACACUAUGAACAUCAACGUGGGACUGCUCGUCUACACGUGUUUUUCGGACUCUCUAAUCAAACCGUGGGAAGGACUUGCUUUGCGGUCGCUUUUCCGCGGUUGGUGGCCGCUGCUUUCUCUAGCCGCACCAAGCGCUAUCUCGGUGUGUUUGGAGUAUUGGUGGUAUGAGAUAAUGCUUUUUCUUUGUGGGCUUCUCGGUAACCCUAAAGCAAGUGUUUCGGCCAUGGGGAUAAUGAUUCAGACAACGGGGCUACUCUACGUAGUCCCAUUCGCUAUAAGCACGGCCAUUGCGACUCGUGUAGGACAUGCGCUUGGUGGCGGCCAUCCUACACGGGCGCAAUGUACAACCGUUAUCGGUCUGAUACUCGCGGUAGCGUACGGGCUAUCAGCUGCUGUCUUUGUAACCGCGCUCAGGUCGGUUUGGGGGAAGAUGUUUACGGAUGAAACCGAGAUUCUUGGGUUGAUCUCGUCGGCGCUUCCGAUCUUAGGGCUUUGUGAAAUCGGAAACUCGCCGCAGACAGCGGCUUGCGGAGUCUUGACAGGCACGGCGAGGCCUAAAGAUGGGGCACGUGUUAACCUAUGUGCGUUCUACAUCGUCGGCUUGCCUGUGGCAGUAACGUCCACGUUUGGGUUUAAAGUUGGGUUUUGUGGGCUAUGGUACGGUAUGCUCGCUGCGCAGAUUACAUGUUUGGUUAUGAUGCUUUGUACGUUGGUUCGUACGGACUGGGAACAUCAGGUGAAGCGAGCAGAGGCACUUACCGCCGCUGCAGCUGAUAGAAGUCGUUCGGAAGAACAUACCAUCCAUACCGAAGUCGAAAAUGAUGAUGAUCUAGAGAUUGGUUUGUUACAAAACACAAAUGACUAAUUUAGAAUUGUUUAAAAUUUUCAAUCGGAAAUUUUAACGGAUUGUUAAUUAUAUAUAGGGUUUUUUUCUUUGGGCAAAUUAAAAUACUCUAGAUAGAGUUGCAUCCAAAUUGUUAUAGGCUGAUAAACAAUAUCUUGGUAAAAGUGUCAUAAGUACGAUCAAAUUGGUUGAGCUAAGUUUUGUUAACAUGUAAGCAACCAUUUUUUUUUCAUAUAAAGUCAACUAUGUAGUGAAGAAAUAGUUGUGACGAAAUUUAAUGAUUUAUGACUCCUCUAAAAUGCCUCUGAAUUUUUGUGAACAACAAACAAUAAGGCCGACUCUCCCAGCUCACCCAGCCCAAUCAUAUAUGAUCUAUGUUACACGGUACAUCAGGCUAUUUCUUGCCGUAGCUAGGAUUGUUGGUUAGGAACGUAAAAUAAAUAAUUUGAGGAUUCAUAUCCAUAACCCGCUCCAUGUUGGGACGAUUUGUAUUUAGCAAGUUCUCGGUUUGGAUUGACACAUCUGUGUAUAUGACCUCUGAGUUUCUCAUUCUAAUUUUUAAAUAAAUUUUCCAAAACCUGCUAUUUUUGGAAAGUUGUCAUUUCGUUGUAAAAAUAUUGUAGAUUUGAGAUUGUGAUUUAUAAAUUAGGAUAAAAGAGUUUUUGUUGAUAGAUAUGUAUGCUUUAAAAAAUUUUGAUCAAUAAGUUAUAAUGUUUAAAUAAAUUUUCCAAAACCUACUAUUUUGGGAAAGUUAUUAUUUUUCUAUAGAAAUAUUGCAGAUUUUGGAUUGUUAUUUAGAAAUUAGGAUAACAAGAUUUUUUGUUGACAGAUGGGUAUGCUUUUGUAAUUUUUGAUAAAUAUGUUAUAUUUUAAAAAUAAAAUUUAUAAGAACUGCUAUAUUUUGGAAAGUUAUCAUUUUUGUAGAGAAAUAAUGUAGAUUUGGGAUUGUGAUUUAGAAAUUAAGAUAACAAAAGUUUUUUUGUUAGAGAUGGGUAUGGUUUUAGAAUUUUUGAUCAAUAGGUUAUAAUUUUUAAAUAAAUUUUCUAAAACCUGCUAUUUUUGGAAAAUUAU